GUGAUUCUCAACUUUUAGCGUUUGCGGAUGAUCUUAAAAUAUUUUUUCCUAUCAACUCUGUUAAUGAUUAUGUCCUCCUUCAGAAUGGUUUAAACAGACUAAUAUCUUGGGCGGAAUUCUUAGGUCUUUAAUUUAACGUUUCUAAAUGUCAUUCUAUGGCCUUUACUCAUACCAGAAACCAAUUAAAAUUCAAAUAUACCAUUAAUAAUAAUAUUAUUUUGUCACUUAAUAAGUCUGUUCAUUACCUAGGUUUUAUCCUACGUUUAGCCUUAAUCUGCAUAUUGAGAACGGUUUUUGUAAGGUACAAAAAACCUUAGGCUUUAUCAAACGAAUAGCACAUGGGUUUAAAUUGUCUGCACCAAUUAAGGCUUUAUACUAUGCAUUUUUCAGAACUAUUCUGGAAUAUGGGACCCCUCUGCAGCUAUGUCCUCUUAUCAACUUGAAAGAGUUCAACGUAAGUUCCUGAGGUUUGCCAGCUUUGUUCUCAAAAUAGACUACCUCCUUCAUGAUUACACUACAGUAUUAGCAUAUCUGCAGUUAGCUUUUUUAGCUGAUCGCAGACAUAAUACCAAUCUUACUUUCAUUAAUAAUGUACUUAAUGGCAAAAUUGAUUCUCCGUAAAUUGUCUCAAAUUAACUUCAAAAUUUCUUCCUGCACCUCACGUCAUUCUGUCCCAUUCCACAUCCAAUCGCUUCAUUCUUACUAUUAAAAAACCAACCGCUCUGUCGUUGUAUGCUACAAGCCAAUUCGGAC